AUGGGGAAUUCGACCGUACCGAACCGCUUGCUGCCAAAGCCAAUUUUUGAAAUCACACAGAACACGUACAACUCCGUAGGACACUCGCUGCCGGCCGUCUUCGCCUAUUCGAGAACAGAUGACGAUGGCUUAGGAUACACAAGGUCGAGAUAG